GACCUUGCACUGGAGUCUAACCCAUCUGACCAUCCAAGAGCAAGCACAAUAUUCCUCAGCAAGUCCCAGACUGAUGUGAGAGAAAAGAGGAAGAGCAACCAUAUAAAUCAUGUCUCUCCCGGGCAGCUUACAAAGAAGUACAGCUCAUGUUCCACGAUAUUCCUAGAUGACAGCACAGUCAGUCAGCCUAACCUCAGAAGCACAAUUAAAUGUGUUACAUUAGCAAUAUAUUACCAUAUAAAGAACAGGGAUUCUGAUAGAUCCUUGGAUAUAUUUGAUGAAAAACUACAUCCUUUAACACGUGAAGAAGUAUCAGAUGACUACUGUAAACAUGACCCGGAUCAUAAGCACAUUUACCGAUUUGUUCGAACUCUGUUCAGUGCGGCCCAGCUCACAGCUGAGUGUGCAAUAGUCACUUUAGUUUACCUUGAAAGACUUUUGACUUAUGCUGAAAUUGAUAUAUGCCCCAGUAACUGGAAAAGAAUUGUACUGGGAGCAAUCUUGCUGGCUUCUAAAGUUUGGGAUGAUCAGGCUGUGUGGAAUGUGGACUACUGCCAGAUACUAAAGGAUAUUACUGUAGAAGACAUGAAUGAAAUGGAGAGACACUUCCUUGAGCUGCUGCAGUUCAAUAUUAAUGUCCCUGCCAGUGUAUAUGCCAAAUACUACUUUGACCUGCGAUCUCUAGCAGAUGAUAACAACCUUAGUUUUCUUCUGGAACCCCUCAGUAAGGAAAGGGCACAGAAACUAGAGGCUAUCUCCAGGCUGUGUGAAGAUAAGUACAAAGACCUAUCUAAAGCUGCGAUGAGGAGGUCCAUCAGUGCUGACAACCUAGUGGGAAUUCGGCGUUCUAAUGCCAUCAUUUCUUGA